AGUUAAGUUUAUGAAGUUUUUCUUAACCUCAAACAUAACUGGUUUCAAACAAAUCAUUACUAUACAUUUUCAUGAGUUUUAUAAGUUUUUAACAUGAAUUGUAUCAUACCUAGCGUUCGCAAUCUAUCGAAAUUCUUCCAGAAGGUUCAACCAGUUAUACACACUUCUUCGCACAAUGUUCGAAACUUUGGAUACAUUCCAAUUGUGGUGGAGCAAACAGGGCGCGGCGAGCGUUCCUACGACAUUUAUUCACGUUUACUCAAAGAAAGGAUCGUUUGUCUAAUGGGACCUAUUCAUGAUGCACUUAGUUCAGUAAUAAUUGCACAGCUGUUGUUUUUACAAUCAGAAUCAGCUCACAAACCAAUUCACAUCUACAUUAACAGUCCAGGUGGAUCUGUGACUUCAGGACUGGCUAUUUAUGAUACAAUGCAAUAUAUUCAAUCACCAGUUGCUACUUGGUGUGUGGGUCAAGCUUGCAGCAUGGGAUCAUUGCUUUUGGCAGCUGGAUCACCAGGAAUGAGAUAUUCUUUGCCUAAUGCUCGAAUUAUGAUUCACCAACCAUCUGGUGGAGCUUCUGGCCAAGCAACUGAUAUUCAGAUUCAAGCUGAGGAGAUUUUGAAGUUGAAGAAACAAAUUAAUCAGAUAUAUGUCAAACACACAGGUUUGGAACUGCAGAAGAUUGAAGAUAACAUGGAGAGAGACAAGUUUAUGAGUCCGGUUGAAGCGCUAGAGUUUGGAUUAAUUGAUAAAGUGCUCACAAGCACACCAAAAACGAAAAAUGACAAAGUUCAAGUGCAGGCUACUGCUUGAAAUUUAUAAAUUUCUCAGGUAAUUUACAUAAGAAAAUAAUAAAUAAAUCAGUUAUUCAUUCAAAUAA